AUGGAAUCGUCUUCAGAUUCUUCGUCAGAUUCUUCAGUCUUUGAUUCGUCCGAACUUUCAACAACAAUAGGAUCUUCUGGUUCUUGUCCUAGAUUUAAUUCUGGUUGUUUCGGAAUGUUUGGUUUCCUCGAUUGUCUCGAAGAUCUUGCCUAA